AUGAUCGAGGAUGACACAAUAGACGAGUUCAUUACAUGGCCAAAAGGAAAGGAGAACUCAGACCCAGAAUUAUUAGAAAACGUGCUAAACUGUCAAAGUCGAAUAUCUCUUACUUUCUAUAAUUCAACGCGUUCAUUAUACCCCUAA